AUGGAAAACCAGACAAACAAUCCCUCCGCCGCCGCCGCCGCCGCCGCUGCCGCCGCCAUUGACAACACCACAGAAAAAGCUCAAGUUACAGUAAUCAUAGUCCCGUUUCCGGCACAAGGCCACCUGAACCAGAUGCUGCAGCUCUCCUGCCUCAUUUCCUCCUACUCUAUCCCCGUCCACUACGUCGGCUCCGCCGUCCACAACCGCCAGGCCCAACUCCGGUCCAACGGCCUAAACCCUAACGACGUCGCCGGAAUCAACUUCCAUGACCUCCCGAUUCCGCCGUUCGCCUCUCCUCCACCGGAUCCCAACUCCGCCAACAAGUUCCCGGCGCAGCUCCAGCCGGCCUUCGACGCCACUUUAAACCUCCGGCAACCACUCGCCGACUUCAUGCGGACCAUGUCGGAGAAGCACAGGAGGGUUGUCGUUAUUCACGACCCGCUCAUAGCUUCCGUCGUCGAGGAUAUCGUCUCGAUACCCAACGCCGAAUCGUACGCGUUCAACUGUAUAUCGGCGUUCUGCGACGUGAAAUACUUGUUCGAAAUGAUGGGGAAGCCCUGCCCGGUGCCACGUCUGCAAGAACUCCCCACCAUUGAAGAGUGCAUUACAGAUGGGGUUCUGAGAUUCAUCGCGUUGCAGAAUGAGGGUUUGCAGCUCAGAAAUGGAGAUCUCCACAACACGUGUCGACUUCUGGAGGACCCUUAUUUGGACAUACUCGAAUCCGAGGAGAUCGCCGGAGGUCGGAAGAGUUGGGCUAUCGGCCCAUUAAUUCCGGCUAAACUGCCGGAGAAAACAGACGGCCGCCGACACGACUGUCUGACGUGGCUGGAUAAACAGGAACCGAAAUCUGUGAUGUACGUAACUUUCGGGACGACGACUACAUUGACCGACGAAGAAAUCGAAGUUCUUGCUAAUGGGUUAGAACAGAGCAAACAUAAGUUUCUUUGGGUUCUGAGAGAAGCUGAUAAAGGUAACGUCUUUGACGGAGAAGAAAGACGGGAAAUCCAGCUUCCGUCUGGUUUUGUACGGAGGGUUGACGGAGUUGGGCUGGUGGUUAGAGACUGGGCCCCACAGCCGGAGAUUCUGGCGCAUGAGUCGGUGGGGGGAUUUAUGAGCCAUUGUGGGUGGAAUUCUUGCAUAGAGAGUAUAACUAUGGGGGUGCCUAUGGCGGCGUGGCCGAUGCACUCCGACCAGCCGACGAACGCGGUGUUUGUGACGGAGAUACUUAAGAUGGGGUUGGCUGUGAGGGAGUGGACUAACGGCGGUGAGGAGGUGGAAGCUUCUACCGUCGAGAAUGUUGUGCGGAGGUUGAUGGGUGGUUCGGAGGAAGGCGGUAGGAUUAGGAAGAGGGCGGAGGAGCUGGCGGCGGUGGUUCGUGGGGCGGUGGAGGAAGGCGGCGCUUCUAGACUUGAGUUUGACUCGUUCAUCGCCCACGUCACCAGAUAAGGGAUGAUAUAUAAUUUCGUGAUUUGGACUGGAAAAUUAGGAAUGUGUUUUCCAAAUGUAAAAGUUGUUUGUGCCUCUGUUGUUUACAAAAUAAAAGUUGUACUACUAGGUUGAAUCUAUGAAAUAAUAUUUAUUUAAUGCUCUA